AGCUAGACCUCGAAGCAUCAGUAUUUGGUCCUACUCCAGGACUCUGUCCACCAUGCACUGGCAACGCCCGUCCUUCCUGGCGCUCCUCGUCGGGUUGCUCAGUCUCGCCGCCUCCUUCGUCAUCGCCGCCGACCCCAAAGUGAGCGUGACACGGUUCAAGAAUGUCCCCAGCAAGAUCGAGUAUUUCGAGGAUACGACGACCGUAAUGCUCCUAGACCCAGCAACACACACCCUCCACAUUUCCUCUGACGAAGGCUCGACCUUCCAUCCAGCCCCCAAUAUCCCCCCUGGGUCAGUCCACAAGCUCGUCAUCCACCCAUUUGGGCACAACAUGGCAUUCGCGCUGGGAAAGGGGGAGGAACAUUGGGUGUCUUAUGAUAGAGGGGAGAGUUGGUUGAAGUGGUCACUGGGAGUUGAGGGGAGGGCGGCGAGCUUGGGAGGAGAUACGUUGGGGUUCCAUGCGGAGAAGAGCGACUGGAUCCUCUUCCAAGCCCGAGCAUGUGAAGAUACCGGCUCGGGACCCUGGGGGACCGGUCAGACCUGCUGGGACGAGACCUAUUACACGACCACCGCCUUCCGGACCCCACCUACCUUGCUCCUCUCACAAACAUCUUCCUGUCUCUUCGCCCGGUCCACCCGCGAGUUUUCACUCGACAACAAGAACGUCCCGCAAGAGAGGGUCUUUUGUAUAGCUUUUGACGGGUCUCAAAAGGGGAAACAAGGAGGAGGAUAUCAUUCGGUCAAAGAGAGCAGAUUGUUCAAAUCAGACGACUGGUUCGAAGAGGAGGUCAAGCUCGUAGACCUAGGGAUCGGGAGACGAGCUCAAGGCGUGGUCGGUCUGGGAGUGGCGAGUCGGUACAUGGUCGUCGCGCUCAAAGUGCUCGAGGCGGGAGCAACUGGCAAGGUAGCGGGAAGAGCAGGGGCUCCGGGUGGGGAUCCCAUGCACCUGUAUACGAGCACGGAUGGGGAGAAGUGGAACUUGGCACGGUUCCCGCACUCGGCCAUGCCAAAUCUGCGUGAAAACGCCUACACGAUCGUCCAAUCCACUACCCACUCGCUCGCCAUCGACGUCCUCACCGACCCCCUGAACAAUAUCGGUAGCCUCUUCCUCUCCGACGCUGAGGGGAUCUAUUUCGUCGAAGCGCUCUCAAAUACCAACAGGAACGAUAUGGGUUUCGUCGAUUUCGAGGCGCUGGUCGGGUUGGAGGGAAUCGGAUUGGCCAAUGUGGUUAGGAACGCACAGGAGGUCUUGUUGGGCAGGGAGGAGAAGAAAAUUAGGAGUCUGAUGACCUAUGAUGAUGGGAGCUCGUGGAACGCGAUCAAACCGCCUGCGACUCGAGCCGACGGUUCUGAAUGGGAUUGCGAUACCUCCGACUUAUCCGCUUGUUCCUUGCACCUCUGGUCCGUUUCCCAACCGCACAACUAUGGCAAGAUCUUUUCCUCGUCCGCCCCCGGUUUCGUCAUGGCCGUUGGCAACGUCGGCGAUAGCUUGGGAACGUACGAAGAAGGGGACACGUUCAUCUCGUCCGACGCUGGGUUGACCUGGAGGGUAGCUCAGGAGAACGCGCACAAGUAUGAGUUUGGAGAUCAGGGAGCGAUCUUGGUCAUGAUCGAUGACGAGGACAAGACGGACCAUGUGCAUUAUUCGUACGAUUUCGGCAAGACUUGGGUCCAGCUCGACCUCGGUGUCAAUCUGCGUGCUAUCGUCCUGACCACCAUCCCGGAUUCUACCUCGCAAAAGUUCCUCUUGUUCGGGAUGCUUUCAAGAGAAGACGCCGACGCGGACGGACGAUACGCGACCGUCUUUCUCGACUUUUUGCCAUUGCAGAACAGGAAGUGCACCGAAAAAGACAUGGAGCGGUGGUAUGCUCGGCCGCAAGAGGAUAAGCAGUGCCUCUUGGGACACAAGCAAUGGUACAAACGAAGAAAGCCCGACGCACAUUGCUAUGUCGGAAACAAGUUCAACGAGGAAAAGGGUCACGAAGAGGAUUGCACUUGCGACGAUUCCGAUUUCCAAUGCGACUUCAACUACAUCCUUUCGGACGGCGAAUGCGUAAUGAAGGGGCUCGAACCGAUCCCUGCUGGAGAGUGUACGAAGCCGGGGCAGCAAUACAAGGGAUCGAGCGGCUACCGAAAGAUUCCUGGAGAUACAUGCACUGGUGGGCUGAAAAAGGACGACCCUAUCAAGAAGGACUGUUCGCUUGCUCAGCCCGACAAUGGUGAACCUUCGCAUCAGACGCACGCAUUCACCUCGCCCAUCAGACAGCACCACUAUUUCCCGGAAUCAACGACAAUGCUCAUCCAGCUCGAGGAUAAUACCGUCUGGCAGUCCAGUAAUGAGGGCUUCAACUGGAAGGAACUUCUGCCGGACAGCAAGAUCCUGUCCAUCUCCAUGCACGCGUUCGCAAACGAUCGAGCGUAUCUCAUCACCGAUUCGAGGAAGGUCCACUAUACGACCGAUUCCGGGCAGAGCUGGAACUAUAUCAAUGCUCCCGCGGAUCCCAACCCGUUCGGUAUCGCCAUGCUUGACUUCCACCCUACACGCGGAGAUUGGAUGAUCUAUACUGGAUCUAGCGACUGCAAGGAUACACUGAGUACCAAGUGUCGGGCCAUCGCGUACUACACCACCAACAAUGGUAGGCGAUGGGACAAGAUUGACGAAUACGUCAGGCAAUGUUCGUGGGCCAGGGACGAGCGUCUCAAGGUCGACGAAAAGGAGAUUAUCUGCGAAUCCUACCGGGAUAAGAAGGGGUCGCAACGUUCGGCCGACUACAACCCGAUGCAGCUCGUCGCUGGCAAGAACUUUUACGGUCAAAAGACUGUCCUUUUCGAUUCCGUCGUCGGGUUCGCGACGUUUUCAGAAUUCAUGAUCGUCGCCGAGUUCGUCGAGUCUCAGGGCACGCUGAAUCUCCAAGUUUCCCUAGACGGGUUCCACUUCACUCCUGGCCAAUUCCCGCCGAAUAUGAAGAUUGACAACAGGGCCUACACUAUUCUGGAGAGUUCGACUGACGCGGUGUUCCUACAUGUCACAAUGAGCGAUCGAGAGGGCAAGGAAUGGGGUAGCAUCUUCAAGUCCAACUCGAACGGCACAUAUUACAAUGUCGCCCUGGAGUAUGUCAAUCGUGACCGUCGAGGAUAUACCGAUUUUGAAAAGAUGAUCGGUCUCGAUGGCAUCGCUGUGGUCAACAUUGUCGCCAAUCCGGACGAUGCUGCUAUUUCCGGCAAAAAAGAAUUGCAAACCCGCAUCACCCACAAUGACGGUUCGACGUGGAAACCUUUGACUCCUCCGGCUAGAGACUCGCUAAACCAACCCUACGACUGUCAAGACACCUAUUGCGGUCUUCAUAUCCACGGCUACACCGAGCGACGUGAUGCCAAGGCCACCUACAGUAGUCCCUCUGUGGCCGGCUUCAUGAUUGCUGUCGGCAAUGUUGGUGAAUCGUUGUUGCCAUACGAUGACAGUGACGUUUUCCUUACGCGAGAUGGAGGCAAGUCGUGGGAAGAGGUUCACAAGGACGCUCACUUGUGGGAAUACGGUGACUCGGGCUCUAUUAUAGUGCUGGUCAACGACGAGGAAGCCACAGAUCACGUUGUGUACAGCACGGACGAAGGUUUAACAUGGCGCGAGUAUUCCUUCAACGACAACCUGAGGGUGGAGAGCAUCUUGACGGUGCCCACCGAGACGAGCCGCAAGUUUGUCUUGCUGGCGAAGCGACCCAACGACAAUGAAGCCAAGAGCAUAGUCGUCCACCUCGACUUCAGUCGCAUAACGCAGCGCAAAUGUGUCCUGAGUAUCGAGGACCCGCUUCACGACGAUAUAGAGGUGUGGAGCCCGGCGGAGAGUCGAGACGAGCAGUGUUUGUUCGGCAGACAGGUUCAAUACUAUCGACGGAUUCGUGACCGUCAAUGCUACGUCGGCGAGACUUUGAGGCAAACUCGCGAGGUCGUACGAAAUUGCACCUGCACGCCGAACGAUUUCGAGUGCGAGUUCAACUAUCGACGAAACGAUAGGGGUGACUGUGUCCUUAUCGAGGGCGCUCAGCCUCGUACGACGGGAGAAAUGGAGGAGCAGUGUACAGGAUGGGAGCCAUACUGGUACGAACGGACCGCCUACCGAAAGAUUCCGUACAGCUCGUGCGAGGGCGAGGGAGACGUCCGGCUGGACCGAGGCAAGCGUCACAAUUGUCCCGGUCUCAUUGGAGGCGGCGGAGGACGAGGGUUCUGGUUCUGGUUGUUCCUCUUGAUCAUCCCAUUUGCAAUCGCGGCUAUCGCCGGAUGGUUCUUCCUUCAGACCGGUGGUCGACAGUCUGGAACUAUCCGCUUGGGCGAACAUCGUGCCUUUGGAGGUAGUUCCGGCGGUCUGUCUACGCUGGCUUCGAUACCGUUCUUCCUGAUCGGCGUCGCCUCCACCGGAUGGGCUUGGGCGACCGAAAAGUUCCCUGCGCUUGACAACCUGUUCAGCGGCGGCCGUCCUUACCGGCACGUACCAAUAGACGAUGACGCCGAAAUCCUGAACGCUUACGACGACGAUGACGACUAGUUAGAUGCGAACGAACUCUCACACCCUUUUUGUAUAUAGUUGCAUAGGUAGGAACGCAUGACAAAUUGACAAGAUGUACAACAGCGAUAACAAGCAUUAGAUGCGUAAGAUCUCCCAGCACGUCUAUUCUACUCCAAGCACGUUACAAUACUACGUGAACCCGUAUAUUCCUUUUAUGACCCUG